AUGACCACUUUCGAAGAAAUUAAAGAAAUAAAUGGAAAUAAUAUUGUAAAAUUAUAUGAUAAUAAAAAACAAAGUUUAUUAGAUAAAAUCAAUAAUGGCGAAUUCAUGAAAAUUCAAGCACCCAUGGUCAGAUUUUCGAGACUACCAUUUAGAAUGUUAUGUAGAAAAUGGGGUUGUGAUAUUACAUAUACUCCAAUGAUCAUGGCAGCAGAGUUUAAUAGAAGUGAAAGUGCAAGAGAUUCAGAUUACACAACCAAUCAAUUCGAAGAUCAAAUGAUUGUUCAAUUUGGUGUAAAUAAUGCAGAAGAGUUGUGUGCUGCUGCUGAAAAAGUAGCCAAUACUUGCUCUGGUAUCGAUAUAAAUUGUGGAUGUCCACAAAGAUGGGUAAUGAAAGAAGGCUAUGGUGCAAAUCUUUUAUUAAAUCCAGAUAAAAUUUACGACAUGGUUAAACAACUUAACAAUAGAGUGCCAGUACCAUGUUCAAUUAAAAUUAGAAUUCAACCAGAUUUAAAUAAAACAAUAGAGUUAGUCAAAAGAGCUGAGAAAAUUGGUGUAUCGUGGAUUACAGUUCAUGGUAGAACAAGUGCGAUGAGAUCAUCACACCCAGUAGACUAUGAUGCAAUUAAAUUAGUUAAAGAAAAUACAUCACUACCUGUAUUUGCCAACGGUGAUGUUUUUACAUUAGAGCAAGCAAAUACAAUCAAAGAAAAGACUGGUGUUAAUGGUGUAAUGGCCGCAAGAGGUCUACUUUCAAACCCAGCAUUGUUCAUGGGCUACGACAAAACCCCGAUCGAGUGUAUCGAGGACUUUAUAAACAUCUAUUCCGAAUACGGUGGUCUUCAUCCAAUCAUUUUCCACAGACAUUUAAUCUACAUGCUUUACGAAUAUCAAAAUAAAAAUGAAAAAUCAGAAUUUAAUAAAAUAAAAACGGUUUCUGGUAUUCUAGAUUAUAUAAAUGAUAAGUUUUUAUUUUAA